AUGGCAUUGAAGAAGGUCGAGGUGGUGAAAGGUCUUGAGGACGUGUCGCUGUGUGAGAAGGGGUCCUGCUCGUUCGAGGUGACUCUGAAUCACUCUUACGUCCGCAGCGUUUGGGCCAGGAAUGGCGUUCCGUUCAAAUCGAAGCCCAUGUGCCGCAUCUCAGCUCAGGGGAAGAAGCACACGCUGACUCUGACGCGCGUGUCUCUGUCAGACGCAGGUCUGAUCAGCUUUCAGGCAGAAGGAGCUGAAACCUCCGCUACUCUCACUGUCACAGCCAGAGAUAUUCAGAUUGUGAAGCACCUUCAGGACGUCGGUGUGACUGAGAGGGAGAGCGUGACGCUGGUGUGUGAAGUAAACCUGGAGGACGUGGAUGGAAAAUGGUUCAAGAAUGACAGCAGAAUAAAGGCUGGAGACAACGUCAAAAUCAAGCAUGAAUGUAAAACUCACUCAUUGACCUUCAAAGCCAUCAAGCCAGAAGAUGCGGGUGAGAUCAGAUUCACGGCAGAGAGAGUUUCCUCAGCUGCAGUGCUGAGAGUGAAAGAGCUUCCAGUUCAUAUUGUGAAGCCCCUCCGGGUGAAGAUUGCCAUGUAUAAACAUCGAGCACUGUUGGAGUGCCAGGUCUCCCGCACCAACGCUGAGGUCACGUGGUACAAGAGGAACCGAGAGAUUAUACCUAAUGGGAAAUACCAAGUGAUCAGUGAAGGCGUUUACAGACAACUCACCAUUGAUGAAGUCGGCUCUUCAGACGAGGACAUCUUCAUCUGUGAUGCUGGUGAUGACAAGACCUCCUGCCAGCUGUUCGUGGAGGAGCAGGCCAUCAGCAUUGUGCGCGGACUGAGCUCAGUUGAAGUAACAGAGCCCAAAGAGGCUCGUUUCAGAGUGGAGACCGGCAUCAAGGCAGAGCGAGCACCCAAAUGGACUUUGAACGGGGAGCUGCUAGCCUCCAGCCCGGAGGUUAAGAUCGAGAGAGAAGGAACGUCGCACCGGCUCAUUUUCUCCAGCACCGACAGCAGCAUGUGCGGCACUGUCCAGUUCAGCUCAGGGAAGAGCAAGUCAACCGCAGAGCUCACUGUUACAGAGCGUCCCCUGGUGGUCACCCAGCCCAUCUCAGAUGUGGAGGUCAAGGAGAAUGGGUCGGUGACGCUCACCUGCGAGUUCUGUCCUUCUCCCAGAGUCGUGCGCUGGUUCAAAGGGAGAAUCCCUUUGCUGGACAAAGGCAAGUACAGAAUGAGGCGUGAAAAGAACCGUGCCGAGGUGACCAUUAUGGGCGUGAAGGCGGCGGAUUCAGGGGAGUAUCGGUGCCUGGCUGGUGGAGCCGAGAGCAGGGGUCGGGUCAGGGUAGAAGUAAAAAGACUGAAGAUCGUACGGCAUCUUGAGCAAGUGGAGACGGAGGAAGAUGGAACUGCAGUGUUUUCCUGUGAGCUAAACCACGAGGCACCCAGUGUUCAGUGGCUUCUGGAUGACAGAGUGAUUCACCCCAAUUACUUAAACAAGAUCCAGAACUCAGGAAAAGUGUACAGCCUCAUUCUCAAAAAGCUCACUCCGCAGGAGAGCAGAGUGACUUUCAAAACCAUCGGCCUCAGUGAGUCCACAGCACUCAGAGUGAAAGAGAGGCCAGCAGUGUUCCUCAGGUCUCUGGAAGAUGUAGUGGCUGAGGAACUUGGCAAAGCAUGUUUACAGUGUGAAGUCUCCAAGCAAGAAGUAACUGCCAUUUGGAGGAAAGAUGGUACAGUCCUAGCGGCCAGCGAGAAGCAUGAAAUUCUACACUUGGGCAGGUCAUUAGCUCUUAUCAUUCACAGGCUCAGAAAAGACGACGCAGGAGAAUACUCUUGCGAUGUGGGAACCAGCCAAACAAAAGCCAAGAUUGUUGUUCGUGAUCUCCACAUCACUAUCAUCAAGCGCUUGAAGACGACUGCAGUUCUCGAGGGGGAGGGCUGCCAUUUUGAGUGUGUUUUGUCACAUGACAUCAUCGAUGAGGCUUCCUGGACGCUGAAUGGUGAGUUGAUUGUCAGCAACGGAAGAAUCUCGGUGGAUGCCAAGGGGCGCAAGUACACAAUGGACAUCCAUGAGGUAAUGAUUUCUGAUGCUGGGGAUGUGGUCUUCACCAUCAAGGAUCUGAGCUGCAGGACCAUGCUGUUCGUCAAAGAGAAGCCUGUGAGGGUCUUUAGAGACAUGCUAAAUGUUAAAGCAACACCUGGAGAAGACGCCGAGCUUAGCUGUGAGAUCACCAAGCCUCAGGCCACCAUCAAGUGGUUGAAGAACGGCAGGUUGAUCAGAGCCAGUCCUAAAUAUGAGAUUAGCCAAAAAGGCUAUCUGGUUAGGCUAAUUAUCCGUAACACAGCUGUAAAGGACUCGGGAGAGUACUGCUGUGAGGCAGACGGCAUUGCUACUAGAGCAAGGUUAGAGAUCAGAGAGCUCCAGCACACGUUUGCUAAAGAGCUGAAAGAUUUACGAGCAGAAGAGAAGAGCACGGCCAUCCUGGAGUGUGAGACCAAGAGGCCUGCCAGUAAAGUGACCUGGUUUAAGGGCAUGGUUGUGCUGACUUCAGGCCAGAAGUACCUGAUUAAGAGGAAAGAAGUUGUCCUCUCUCUUACCAUCUUCAACCUUGAGAAGAGUGACAGUGAUCUGUAUACCUGUGACGUUGGCACGAUGCAGAGCAGAGCGUGGCUCGCAGUACAAGGUCAGAAAGUGCUCAUUUUGGAUGAACUGGAGGACAUCGAGUGUCUAGAAGGGAACACCGUGACGUUCGGCUGUCGCAUCUGUCCGAGCAACUUCACUGAGGUUAAAUGGUAUCUCGAUGAGACUCUGCUCUACGCAAAUGAAUUAAAUGAGAUUAAAAUGCUCCCUGGUGGCUACCAUACCCUGACCAUCAAACAGCUGGAGCGCAAAGAUACAGGAACCAUCUCUUUUGAAGCUGGAGACAAGAGAUCCUACGCCUCACUGCUAGUAAGAGAAAGGCGCCCCACAAUUACCAAAGCAUUAGAGGACACUGAAGCCAUUGAGGGAGGAAGUUUGAUGCUGCUGUGCAGGACUUCCAAACCUUGUCAUAUUGUGUGGUAUAAGGAUGGCUGCUUAGUGUGGAAUUCCUCCAACUGCCUGAUGAGUCGAGCCGGAAACGAGGCCAGGUUGACCAUUCGUGAGGUCAAAGACAUAGAUGCAGGAGUGUAUGAAUGUGAUGCAGGGUCUGUAAGCACCAAGGCUGUCGUGACGGUUAAAGCGGUGCCAGCUGAGUUUACAAAGCAGCUUCAGAGUCAAGACGCUGAAGAGGGAGGCAGUGUGACACUGUCCUGUGAGUUCUCCGUGCCUGGUGUUCAGUACUUGUGGCGUAAAGGACCAGAGACACUCAGAUCUGGAGAGAAGUACCUGAUGAAGCAAAGGAAACAUCACAUUUCCCUCACCAUCUACAACAUGAAACCUGAGGACUCUGGGACUUACACCUGCGUCUGCAGAAACCAAAGGACUAUGGCCACCAUUACAGUCCAUGCGGUCCCCAUCACAUUCAUUAAGGAGCUAAAAGAUCAGGAAUCAGAAGAGGGCUGGCCUGUGACGUUACGCUGUGAACUCUCCAAGGCAGGCGUGCCAGUGGAGUGGCUGAGGGAGGAGGAAGUGCUAAGCCAUGGGAUGAAGUAUCUGAUGCGACAAAUAGCGUCAAUACAGGAGCUGGUGAUCAGGAGUUCAUUGCCAGAGGACAGCGGAACCUACAGCUGUCUCUGCACAGGCCAAAGGACUAAAGCUACAAUUAAGAUUAAUGCUCAACCCAUCACAUUCAAACAGAAGCUGAGACCUCAGACGUUUGAAGAAGGAAACAGUGUUGUUUUGCACUGCGAGCUGUCGAAACCUGGACUUCCUGUUGAAUGGAGGAAGGGCCACGAGUUGCUCAGGUCUGGAGAAAAGUACCAAAUGCGACAAAGAGGUUCAGUGACAGAGCUGAAGAUCUUCUCUUUGAGAUGUGAAGACAGCGCUGUCUACAGCUGCUCCUAUGGCCACGUCCAGACAUCAGCUAAAGUCACUGUUAGCAGGCAGCAUAUCAGCUUUAAAGAGCCGCUCAAGAACCAAGUAGUUGAGGAGGGCAAAGCAGUGACCUUGUUCUGUGAACUGUCCAAAGCUGGUGUCCCAGUGGAAUGGUGGAAUGGAGAGGAGCUUCUCCAGCCUGGACAAAAGUAUCAGAUGAGAGAAAGAGAUACAACAUAUGAGUUGAUCAUCAAUGACACCGUGCCUGAGGACAGCGGAGUCUACAAAUGUGUGUGUGGAGACCAAAAGACCAAAGCUACUAUCAGAAUUAUUGGACUACCUCCCACUUUCAAACAAAACUUGAAGAACCAAGAAGCUUCAGAGGAAGGCAGUGUGGUACUAAGAUGUGAACUUUCUAAAGCUGGAGUACCUGUGGAAUGGUGGAAAGGUGAGGAACAUAUAACGCCUGGUGGGAGGUAUCAGAUGAGACAGGAGGGCAAAGUCGCUGAGAUGGAGAUCACAAAUGUUCAUCCUAACGAUGCUGGGAAGUACAGCUGUGUUAUUGGAAACCAGAAGAGCACAGCAGAGGUGAAAAUCAAAGCUCUUCCCAUCACUUUCAAACGGGAGCUCCAGGACCAGGUUUCCAAGGAAGGGGACAGUGCUGUGUUCACCUGUGAACUGUCUAAACCUGGGGCUCCAGUAGAGUGGAGAAAAGGAAGAGUUACUCUGAAACCUAGAGAGAAGUACAAGAUGAAGCUAGAGGGACGAUUAACCAAACUGGUGAUAAAUAAUCUCGAAGAGGGUGAUUCUGGGAAAUAUAUCUGUAAAACCAAAGAUGCACAAUCAACAGCGGAGCUUACCGUGCAAGCACUGCCUCCAACCUUCAAAACCAUUCUGAAGAACCUGGAAGCCCAAGAGGGAAACAGCCUCAGUUUGCAUUGUGAACUCUCCAGAGCUGGAGUACAUGUAGAGUGGUGGAAAGGUGAGAAAAGGUUAUGUACUGGGGAAAGGUAUCAGUUGAGGCAAAGGGAUGUAACCACAGAGCUGCUAAUCAGAAAAGCACAACCAGAAGACAGUGGAGUGUACCGCUGUGUGUGUGGAGAGCAGAGUACUGAGGCCACCAUCAAAGUCAAUGCCCAUCCCGUUCAUUUCAAACAAGAACUGAAGAACCAAGAGGUUGAGGAGGGAAAUAGUGUCACUUUACGCUGUGAACUCUCUAAGGCUGGCGUUGAGGUAGAAUGGUGGAAAGGAGAAGAACUGGUCAACUCUGGGGAAAAGUUCCAGAUGAGGCAAACGGCCACAAAAGUGGAGCUUGUCAUCAAGAAAGCAGUUCCUGAGGAUAGUGGCAUCUACUUUUGUGUAUGUGAAGACCAGAAAUCCAAAGCUUCUAUCAAAAUCAAUGCAUUAUCAGUGACAUUCAAACAAAACCUGAGAAACCAAGAAACAGUGGAAGGCAACAAUGUCACUUUACAUUGUGAGCUUUCCAAACCUGGAGCAUCUGUGAAGUGGUGGAAGGGUCAGGAGAUGCUGACUUUGGGUGAAAAGUACCACAUGAAGACUGAGGGAAGGAUUGCUGAGUUGAUCAUUAGGAAUACGGUACUUGAGGAUGCUGGUUCGUACAGCUGCACAGUCGGUGACCAGAAGACUACCUCGGAAAUCAAAGUUCAGGCUCUGCCUGUAACCUUCAAACAAGAACUCCAAAAUGAACUUUCCAAAGAAGGUGAAACUGCCUUGUUUAGUUGUGAGCUCUCAAAACCUGGAGCCCAAGUGGACUGGAGAAAAGGCCGGGUUAUUCUGAAGGUGGGAGAUAAAUACGAGAUGAAACAAGAAGGAAGAAUUGCCAAACUUCUCAUACACAACAUUGAGGAAAGUGACGCUGGAAACUAUUCAUGUAAAACCAAGGAUUCUGAGUCAACUGCUAAACUUACUGUUCAGGUUCCACCCAUCAUUUUUAAAGUGAAGCUGAAGAAUCAAGAAGUUGAGGAAGAAAGCACCGUAACCCUGCGUUGUGAGCUGUCAAAAUCUGGCAUGUCUGCUCAGUGGAAAAAGGGGGAGGAAGUGCUAAAGUCUGGAUUGAAGUAUCAAAUCAGGCAACACGAGGCUAUAAUGGAGCUGAUUAUCAAGAAAGCAGUGCCUGAGGACAGUGGAAUCUAUAGCUGCCUAUGUGGUGAUCAGAAAACCAAAGCCACCAUCAAAGUUUUUGCAACUCCGGUUACAUUCAGACAAAGCCUGAAGAACCAGGAGGCUCCAGAGGGAGGCAUAGUAGUCCUGCAUUGUGAGCUCUCAAAAGCUGGGGUACCUGUGCAGUGGUGGAAAGGUGAAGAGGAGCUUAGUAAUGGAGCCAAAUACAAGAUGAAACAGGAGGGGUCAGUUGCCGAAUUGCACAUUAAAAAUGUCCUUCCUAUGGAUGUUGGGGAAUAUAGCUGUGUUAUCGGAGACCAAAAGACUACAGCUGAAGUGAAUGUGAGGGCUGCAGCCUCUGCGUUCUUUGAGAAGGAGUUAGAGAGUCAAGAGGCAAUGGAGGGAAACUCUGUCGUGUUCAGCUGUUUGCUGUCCAGUUCAAAGGCCCCAGUGACUUGGAAAAAAGACUCAAAGCAGAUCACACAAGGUGGACAGUUUACCUUACACCAGAAGGGCUCGACUCAUGAGCUUGAGAUCAGACAGCUAAAGCCUGAGGAUGCUGGUGUUUACACAUGUAACACCAGGGGCAAGAAGUCAUCUGCAACCCUUAGAGUGAUAGAGCGCGUGAGGAUUGAGAGAGAGCUUCGGGACGUCACGGUCACUGUGGGAGAAAAUGCCCACUUUGUUUGUGAGCUCUCGCACGAGGACGUCACUGGCGGAGUGUGGUGGCUUGGUUCCACCAUUCUGCAGGAAAAUGAAAUGAAUCAGAUGAGCUGUUACGGCCGUGAGCAUCACCUGGUCCUCACCAUGACAACGCCUGAGGAGUCGGGUACCGUGACCUUCGUGGUAGGAGAGGAGAAGACCUCAGCUCGUCUGAGAGUGAACAGGAAACCCAAAGUUUUGAUAGAAGAGAAGCUAAAGGACAUGGUUGUCUUUGAGGGUGAUACCGCCACCUUAUCCUGUGUUACCUCUGAUGACUGCACCCCCGUCACCUGGAAACGAAACAACGUCACCCUGCUGGCGGGGGAAAAGUACCAACCUCGUAAAGAAGGGAAACGCAACCAGCUUCUAAUGCACAGAGUAGGAAAGGAGGAUGCUGGAGUUUAUAUGUGUGACACAGGAGACGUGCAAAGCACUGCCGCUCUCAUCAUUAAAGAGCGUCCGUUAUUCUUUCGUGAGGAACUCCACAAUCACCAGGCUGAGGAGGGUGAAACUGCCUUCUUGUGCUGCCAGCUCUCCAAACCUGGAGUUACAGUGCAGUGGAAGAAGGGAGCUCUGCUGCUUACACCAGGAUGCAAAUAUAAAAUGAAGCAGGAUGGCUGUGAUCUACAGCUUCAGAUCUAUAACCUGACAGUUGGGGACAGUGGCUCCUACAGAUGCUGUGCAGACAGCAUUGAGACUACAGCCAGGCUUGAUGUGAAAGAACAACCACUGUUCUUCCGUGAGGAACUGCACAGUGUGGAAGCAGAGGAGGGUGAAACUGCCUUCUUGUGUUGUGAGCUGUCUAAACCUGGGGUUGCAGUGCAGUGGAAGAAAGGAACGGUGCUCCUGAGACCUGGAAACAAAUAUACGAUGAAGCAAGAUGGUUGUGAAUUAGAGCUUCAGUUACAUGACCUGAAACGCCAGGACAGUGGAGUCUACAAAUGCUGUUCUGGUAGCCUUGAGACGAAGGCUAAUAUUGUAGUCAAAGAGCAACCCCUGUUCUUCUGUGAGGAUCUUCAAGAUCAGCAGGCUGAGGAGGGUGAAACUGCCUUCCUGUGCUGUGAACUCUCUAAACCUGGAGUUGUGGUGAAGUGGAAGAAAGGAGCAGUGCUGCUGACACCAGGGGACAAGUAUGAAAUGAAACAGGAUGGUUGUAAAGUGCAGCUCAAGAUCCAUGACCUGAAGGGAAGGGACAGUGGUACUUAUAAAUGCUGUGCUGGUAGCUUGGUCACUACCUCAUCCAUAGUAGUAAAAGAACAGCCACUUUUCUUCCAUGAAGAACUUCAAACCGUGGAAGCGGAGGAGGGCAAGAAUGCCUUGAUGUGCUGCGAGAUCUCUAAACCUGCAGCUACAGUGCAAUGGAAAAAGGGCACAGUGCUGCUGAGGCCUGGAAACAAAUAUGAAAUGAAACAGAAUGGCUGUCAGUUACAGCUUAAAAUUCUAGAUUUGACAACUCAAGAUAGCGGUUCCUAUAAAUGCUGUGCAAGUGGCAUUGUGACUACAGCGUGCCUUGAAGUGAAAGAGAAACCUCUGUUCUUCUACAAGGAACUCAGAAAUCAAGAAGUAGUAGAGGGUAAAACUGCCUUGCUGCUCUGUGAGAUCUCUAAACCUGGAGUUCCUGUGCAGUGGCAGAAGGGAACAGUGCUCCUGAAGGUUGGAGGCAAAUAUGAAAUGGAACAGGAUGGCUGUAAGCUGCAGCUUAAAAUUUAUGACCUGAAUGGUCAAGACAGUGGCUCUUAUAAGUGCUGCGCUGGUAGCGCAGUCACCACAGCUUCCAUUGUAGUCAAAGAACACCCUUUGUUUUUCUGCAAGGAGCUUGAAAGUCAAGAGGGGGUGGAAGGUGAGACUGUCUUGCUGUGCUGUGAGCUUUCUAAACCUGUAGUUACAGUAAAGUGGAAAAAGGGAGCGGUGCUGCUAAAGCAUGGAAAUAAGUAUGAGGUUAAGCAGAAUGGCUGUGAGCUACAACUUAAAAUCCAUGACUUGAAGAGUGAGGAUAGUGAUGUCUACCAGUGCAGUGCUGGGAACGUACAGACAACAGCUUCUGUUCUUGUAAAAGGGCACAUAGAGGAUGAACACCUGGAUCAUGGUGUGAAAACAGAGGAGCAAGACAUCCAGAAGAAAACUAUAAUGAGGCAAAAGACAAAGGAGGAUGAAAAACGCAAAGUGACACCGGAUGUCACCAAGUCCACUUACAUGGAUGAAGUGCCUGAGAUAUCUUCACCUGUGGACUAUGUUCCUACAGAGCAGAGUGACAAGGAACAGGAGAUUCUCACUGCAUGUUAUACUGCAGAGAUUUUUGCCAAACAAAUCCAAGAGAAGACAGAGCAAGUACAAAAGAAAGCACUAUGCAAGGAUACAACAGAACAAAAACAUGAGAUGCACGGCAAAAGUACUCCUCAGGCCCCUCCUCGCAGCAAAGGAAGGUUUACCCAACCAGGUGUUGACCUGCAAGGGCAACACAGUAUUCUGGAGCCAAAGAAACAGGUUGUGGUCAAGAAGCCAUCUGUGGAAAGAAUUUUCAGAGAUACAUCAGAGGAUGAACACCUGGAUCUCAGAGAGAAGAAAAGAGAAGAGAUAGCUAAUGUGAAGGAAGCAAUACUAAGGCAAAACCUGAAAGAUGAGAAAUCAGUUGUGCCUAGUGAAACACAUCCAGAACCUAAAAAUGCUCCAUUCUCUGGUGAACCUGAGGAGAAACUGUCAAAGCAUGUUCAGGGGGAAAUAGAACAGAGAAGUAAAAAGCAACAUAUCAUUGUUGAAAAUGUUUCAGAAAAGUCAUUAAAACAGGUUGUGACCUCAGUGCCAUGUGUGGAAACGUCCUCCAGAGACAGAAUACAUGGUAAACAGCUGGAUCUUAAUGAAAACAGAACAGUGGAGAAAGAUGACACUAAGGAAACAGCACUAGGGCAAAGAGUACAAAACAAGAAAAUGAUUGUACAUGAUGAAAAGCAUUCAGAACCCAAAAUUGCUCCAUGCUCCAUUGAACCUCCAUUGGAGAAACAGCCCAAGCAUGUUGAGAAGACAGCAACAAGUGGGAAUAUUAUAGACCAGAGAGACAGAAAGCAAAAGAAAAUGUCAGAUAAACAGGUUGUGACCACAGAGCCAUCUGAUAAGUCUUCCAGAGACAGAUUAUGGGGCGAUCAACUGGGUUUCUGUGAAAACACAAAACAAAUGAAAGAAUAUGCAAAGGAAGCAUUACCAAGUAAAAACAUCAAAGACAAGAAACCAGCUGCGCUUAAUGAAAAGCAUCCAGAACCCAAAAUUGCUCCAUCCUCCACUGAACUAGAAGAGAAACUGCUCAAGUAUGUCGAGGAGAAAGCAACAAGAGGGAAUAUUAUAGACCAAAGACAUCGAAAGCAAGAGAAAAUUUUAGAAAGGUCAGAUAAACAGGUUGCGACCACAGAGCCACCUGUGGAUGCAUCUUCCAGGGACAGAUUACGGGGCAAACAACUGGGUCUCAUUGAGAAAAUGUCAGAAAUUAAAGAAGACACAACUGAUAAUGAACCAGUUGUCCUUAAUGAAGAACAUCCAGAAACCAAAUUUGCUCUAACUUCCAUUGAACCUGAGGAAAAACUGCUAAAGUAUGUUGAGGAGAAAGCAACAAGUGGGCCAACAGAGGCCACAACAGACCAUAGAAGUGAAAAGCAAGGUAUAAUUACUGAGAAAUUGUCAGAAAUGUCAAUCAAACAAACCCCUGAACCAAACUUACCACAGAUGAUAGAUGUUAGUGUCACAGAGCAGAAAAACAGGAAUCGAGUCUUUAAAAUGAAAAAGGUCCCAGAGCUAACAAUGACUCAGGAGAGGAUACCAGUGGAGGCCAAAACUGAGGGUGCAAGUGUGGACAUUAAAGACCAAAAAGCUAUGAAACAGGUCAGUCUGGCAGAUCCAUCUACAGAAUCAGCAAAGUGCACGACCCCUCCUCAGGCAACCCUAGUAGAACAGUCUGCUCAGGAUACUUUUGGUAUAGAAAUAAAUGCUGAGGACGAGUCAGAGAUGUUAGAGGCUGCCAUUAAAAUCCAAGCUGCCUUCAAGGGUUUCAAAGCUCGAAAGGACAUGCGACCUGUCUUUAAGGAGGUGUUCAAGAAUCAGAACGUGGGGCCUAGAGACACAGUUCAUCUGGAGUGUAUUGUCGAGGGAAAGGCCAGCACGGUGCGCUGGCUGAAGGAUGGUGUAGACUUGAAGUCAGGGAAAUGGACAAAGAUCAGCCACAGUGAGGAUGGUAGGUGCACGCUGGUCAUAACUAAUGUAGUUCCCGAAGAUGCAGGAAUCUAUACUUGUGAAGUUACCAACAAGUUUGGGACAGUUAGUUACAAUGGGAAUGUGACUGUGGGUCAUACCAAGAAGCCUGUAAAUCAAACUCCACAUAGACCAGCAAAAGAACCUGUGUUGGCAAAGGAAGCUGUGCAGACCUUUAAAACUAAGGACGAGUCACUGAGAGACGCCUAUGACCUGACUACAGACGAUGCCAACAGCAAGUUUCAGGAGAAAAGGAAAAGUCUCAUUUCAGGCAGUUCUGUGUCCUGGUCAUCAGAUUAUGACACGGCUCCUGAUGUGGAGACAGGCUAUGUCUCCAGGGAAAACGAAGUGGAAAAGAUAAAAGUCAAAACUCAGUUUUCCCAAAGUUCAGAAGAGCAAAGGACCAUCAGUCCUGAGCCACAAAAAGCCACAGUAGAGCUAAAAGUUAAAGGCGGUGAGUCAGUAUGCAGAACACCAUCUCCCAAAUACCCACAUACCCACAAGUCCUCAGCCAAUGCAGAAUCACUAUCAGAGUCAGACGGGGAUGAAGACAUGGCAGAGACGUUUGAUAUCUACGUUGCCAAAGCAGACUGCCACCCCACUGGAGGUAAUAAGGAAACGUUUAUUCUCAAGGAGGGCCAGUUUGUGGAGGUCCUUGAUUCUGUACAUCCAGUUAAGUGGCUUAUUCGUACUAAACCAACCAAAACCACACCAUCCCGCCAAGGAUGGCUGUCCCCAGCAUACCUCGAGAAGAAGACAAAGUUCUUUGAAUGGUCAAAGGAGCUCUUUUCGCUGGCCCAAGACCAAGAGACAAAAGAUAUUUGCAAUAAAGGUAGAAGAACACCACCUAAGGAGGAAUAUAAAAUGACUUUAAGUCAACUGAUCAAGGGUCUGCUUGAUGGUGAGAAUGAAUUUGUGAGAGAAAUGAACUUCUUUGUGGAAAACCAUUUACAGUAUGUAGAGACCAACUCUCAGGUGCCACUCACCAUUCUCAGCCAAAAAGAAUACAUAUUCCACAACAUAAAGGACAUUACAAGCUUCCAUGAAUGCUGUAUUUUGCCAAAGCUAGGCCAGUGCACCACAGAUGAUGACGUGGCCCAGUGCUUUGUGCAUUACGCACCAGACUUUGAAAUGUAUCUUCAGUACAUUUUAGGCCAGUCACAAGUCGAGGCCUGCAUAUCAGACAAAAACACGCAGAAUUUCUUUAAGCAAUAUGCCAACACUGCAUUCGCACAUUCGGACACUCAGAUCUUCAGUGUCAGCACCUACUUACAGAGACCGCUGGAGAGGAUUCAGACAUACAAGACUCUCCUCAAGGAGUUGAUAAGGAACAAAGCAAAGAGUGGACAGAGCUGUUGUUUACUUGAGGAUGCCUUUUCCAUGGUGUCCAGCUUGCCUUGGCGUGCAGAGAACCUGCAGCAUGUGUCCCUGAUUGAGAACUACCCAGCACCUCUUAAAGGACUUGGAGAGCCAAUUCGACAGGGCUCUUUCACUGUAUGGGAGGAAGCACCGGGGACCAAAAUCUCACUGAGAGGUCACCAUCGUCACGUCUUUCUCUUUAAGGACUGUGUCAUCUUCUGCAAGCUGAAGAGAGACUUGAAUACUCAUUCCGAAGUUUACCUAUUCAAGAACAAGAUGAAGCUGAGUGACAUUGACCUGAAGGACACAGUGGAGGGGGAUGACAGAUGCUGGGGUCUGUGGCAUGAACAUCGCGGUACAGUCAGAAAGAUCACUCUUCAGGCUCGCGCUGUGCUCACCCGUCUGUCCUGGCUCAAAGACCUCCGGGACCUCCAGCAGCGCAGCAGAAUUCCACUAUGGAGUUUGCCAUGUUUUGAGCUGAUUCUAAAUGACUGCACUGCUAAACUUGGACAAACUGUAAAACUGGCCUGCAAAGUCACUGGAACCCCAAGACCAGUGGUAACUUGGUACAAAGAUGGUGUUGCUGUGAAAGAUGACAAGCAUCAUAUCAUCUCAGAGGGAAACUCAGGUACCUGCUAUUUGGUUCUGGCUUCUGUGAAGGGGGAAGACUCGGGUCAGUACAUGUGUUAUGCAGCUAGCCCCAUGGGUAACGCUAGCACUCUGGCCAAGAUCACUGUUGUUGUGCCUCCAAGUUUUACAGCCAAACUUCAGAACACUCUGCUGGUGAAAAGCAGAGAUGUGCAGUUCCAGUGUUCAACAGGAUGUGUUCCUGUGCCCACUGUGAGGUGGUUUAAGGACAACAAACAGCUGGAAAAUACCAAGAAAUAUGAAAUUCACACUGACAUGAAGACAGGGGUCCUCAUACUAAUUAUAAAGAAGGCGAAGGAGGCAGACCAGGGGCAGUAUGAGUGUGAGUUGCUGAAUGAGGUGGGCACUGCCAAGUGCAAAGCACAGCUGUUUUCUGCCCCACCUCCGGCGACAGAAUGCCCUAAAGACAAACCACGAGUCGCCUCAGCUCCAGAUACAGAGUCAGAAGGCUGGUCCAGUGCUUUGGUGAAGAACCUGUUCCACAUGUUCUUUCACUCUGGAUCCUCCAAACAAUCCGCGGAUGGUCCAAGUGAGACUCCAGCUGAAGACAAACAGAAAAUUAAGGAGAGACGAGAGGACGUUCCAGAAGAAGAGACCUCAGUGGAGUCCAACAAGACAUUUUUUAACUCCGAGACAGAGGAGGAUGAGUACACAGAUCCUCCUGAGGUGCAAGUGGCCAUGGAGGACCUGUGUGUAAGACCUGGCCAACCUGCAACUUUCUCUGUUGUUAUUACUGGGCAGCCCAUCCCGGAGAUCACAUGGUUAAAGGACGGUAUGAAGCUCUUCUCUGGUGAGCACAGUGAGCUGGUCCAGAGUGGAGCUCGCUGCUCUCUCACUCUGCUGGGUGUAGAUGUUGCUGACUGUGGCACAUACACCUGCACAGCCACAAACAACUCAGGACACGCCUCCUGCCACGCCCAGCUCACAGUGGACGCAGGUAAGUAACCCCAAGAGCUGGAGGUGGAGGUGGCGAGACGGAGGAAGCUUCACUCCGUUUAUGAUGUCCAUGAAGAGAUUGGAAGGGGCACUUUUGGGGUGGUGAAGCGAGUCACACACCGGGCGAGUGAGGAGGUUUUUGCUGCCAAGUUCAUCCCUCUGAGGAGCAGCACAAGGACCAGAGCCUUCCAGGAGAGAGACCUGCUGUCCCGGCUGGCUCAUUGCAGGCUGGCCUGCCUACUGGACUUCUUCUGUACACGCCGGACCCUUGUCCUCAUUACGGAGAUCUGCUCCACUCAAGGAUUACUGGAUCAUUUGCUACUAAAAGGACCCAUCACAGAGCGUGAGGUCCGGAUGUACAUUCAGCAGCUUCUAGAGGGGAUUGGAUAUAUUCACAGCAUGAACAUCCUGCAUCUCGAUGUCAAAACAGACAACAUCCUAAUGGUGUCCCCUGAGAAGGAGGAGCUUAAAAUCUGUGACUUUGGGUUCUGCCAGGAGAUUGACAUUUCCAGACAUCAAUACAGUGUUUAUGGGACUCCUGAAUUUGUGGCCCCUGAAAUUGUCCACCAGGAACCAGUGACCACAGCAACAGAUAUCUGGUCUGUUGGUGUUGUUUCUUACUUAUGUCUGACAGGCCAUUGCCCGUUCUUUGGAGAGAACGACCGUGCAACCCUGAUGAAGGUAGCAGAAGGGGUUCUGUACUGGAAUAUUCCAGAAGUCAGCAGCAGGAGUGAUCAUGCACAAGAUUUCCUACACAGAGUUUUACAGCCAGACCCAGAGAUGAGACCGUCAGCAUCAGAGAGUCUGAGUCAUGAGUGGUUUCAGUGUGAAGAUGUGCAAGCUGACAGUAUUGAUACAAGAAGCCUAAAAUCCUUUAUCUCUAGACGGAAGUGGCAGCGCUCUCUGACAUGUCUUGGAUCAGUCCUGACUCUGCGACCAAUCCCUGAGCUGCUGGAGGCUCCACUGUCUGAAGUUUCUGUCACAACCCCUCGAGAUACUCAUGAGCCCAGCAGCACCUCCCUCAGCAGCACCUCCUCCUCUGAGUAUGAUGAGGCUGAUGCGUGGGGCUUCUUCCAGCAAGCCAGCCAGGAGGAAGAGGAGGGCAGGGAGGAUGAAGUUGAGGAAGAAUACAACUCAUACGUUUGUCUACCUGAAACACCAAGUCUGAAGAUAAACGAAGAGGACAGAAUUAUGGAGCAAGCUCAGAGAGGCAUGGUGGUAAUGCCUUUAAAUAAGCCAUCUAGAGGGUCACCUACGCUGUCCCCAGAGCCGGCCAGCACUAAGAAACAGAAUCAGAGUCAGCUUUAUAUCACAUCAAGUGUGAAGCUGAGUAAUUCAAUGCUGGCCCACAGUGAAGGUGGUUACCACAAGGAACAGGAUAUCGGCCCAUCCCUGUGGCACCGUGAACAGGACGAAGGCUUGGACCUUGGAACUCCCAUCCCGCGUGGGAAUGUGAUCAAGAGUACCUUCUAUAGCAGCUCCCAGCAGCUUUCCCCCAUGUCCGCUCGUCAUAUGAUGCUCAGGGACAAGCUUCACGUAAGGAAACAGGAAAGAGGGCGCAAGCCGUUGCGCUCCAGCCUUUCUGGGAGGCUGAAUGAACCACUCAUAGAGUAUGUGGAGGACUCUCCAGAUGCCGAGGCUGGACGUGGCCAGAGGAGAGGGUCAGUACAUUCGGGUACUAUGAAAUCCAGCUCAUUCGACUGUGGAGUGGGUCCUGCUCAUUCUGAUGUCCGUGUCCAGAGGAGGAGCAGGUCUUUGGAUGAAUCCACGAGACGACCAGCUGUUUCAGAUGAGCAGAGGAAGUUGGGAGAUGAUGAGGAAUGCAUUGAUUUAGGCCAUGAGGAUGAAUUCAAUGAUGAAGAGGAAGAUGAAACCCCAGAGAUGUUGGUGAGAGAGAUGUCACAACAUACAACUGUGACUUCACAAGGUUCAGGACAGCAGAGGAUGCUGGGAGAUGAUGAGGAAGACAUUCAGUUAGGCCAUGAGGAUGAGUUUGUUGAUGAAGAGGAAGCUGAAACCUCAGAGAUGCUAGCAGUAAAGACGUUACGACGUUCUUCAGUAGCUCCUCUGACACUGACAUCUGGGUUUGUGGCGAAAGUAACAACAGAGACCCAGAGGUCUAGCAUGGAUGAGCAGCCAGUCAGCACACUGUCUCACGUAGAUGACAGCCAAUCUCAGCCUGGGGAGGAGAAUGUUGUUGGUUCUCAGCUGAGUCUUGCUGAGUCUUCUGUCCUUGAACAUGACUCAGAGGCUUCUAGCAGACUGGGCUCAUUUGAAGGACUCGCUCCCACUUAUCUUCCAAUCUCACAAAGACACCAUAAAGAGUAUGAUGAAUCAGAUGAGCGACUGGGUGCACUAUCAUCUGGAAAAGCCUCAGAGUGUUCUCUUUUACAGGACUCUGAAGAUGAAGACAUGGAGAGGGUUCUGAGGUCCCUCCGCCAAGAGCACCUCCAAACGCUACCAAAACAGUGCACACAUAGCUCUGGAACAAAUGACACAAACAAGAACAUUACAUUGAGGCGAAGCUCCUCUGCAGUUCCCAUACGCCCGAUUUUUACAUGCCCAAAAAGCAGAGAAGUGCUUCAGAGGCAUGCGUCCGCCCCUGCACUGCAAGCCAAACCACUUAGUGGGAAAUCGGCCAAAGCUGGACUUCUGAAGAUCUUCCGCAGGCAGUCCUGGACAGGACACUCCAGCUCCCAGACAGAAGGCUCAGGGAAGACGGUUGAUGAAGGUCCACGCCCACAACAGAAGACUCCUCUACUCACUCUGAGGAAGAAGAUGAGGGCUUCAGCCUCCAGCAUCACCAAGCUUUUCACCAAGCAGUCCAGUAAAGAGGGCAAGGAGGAGAAAAGAGGACCAAUUGUGAAGACUCCUGUUCCUCCUGAGAAAGCCAGCAUCACCUCUGACCUUCUGCCAUCAGUUCCCCUCUCGGGAAGCCCUCAGAAAAAAUCUAAGUUCUUCUCUCUCAAAGUGCCAAGCUUCAAAAAGAGCAAAGAAAUGCCAGGCAAGCCCUUGAGACCGGAUGUGAUCCAGCUGGCCGGUGGUGGAGCUCUGGUGUUCUGGAAGCCAGUGCCAUCCAGUGGUCCUGUCACUUACUGCAUACAGCACAGCAUAAAUGGUGGCGAGUGGAGAAUGCUGUGUGAGAGUGUAGCAGAUAGCUGCUACGUAGCUAACGGGCUACCUAGAGGACCAGGCUACGUGUUUCGAGUGGCUUGCAUCACCAAAACAGGGUCAGGACCAUUCAGUGACCCUUCACCACCUGCUUUUAUGACCGCCCCAUAUGAAGACUCCCACAUCCCUCUGAUCCUGAUGGAAUCUGCUGGAUCUAAGAUCACUGUGCCUGGAGGCCUGGGCUCGGAGAGAUCCUACAGCUUCCAGUCUGAGAUCAACAGGGGUCGUUUCAGUGUGGUGAUGCAGUGUGAGGACAGCAGGAGUUCUCGGCCUCUGGCGGUGAAACUGACCCCGUACGGGUCGGAGCAGAGGCAACUGGUGCUGAGGGAGUAUCAGCUGCUGCGGAGGCUGAGCCACCAGCACAUUGUCCAGCUCCACUCUGCCAUCCUCACCCCAUCAUGCCUCAUGCUUAUUGAGGAGCUCUGCUCCGGCCGAGAAAUCCUCUACAACCUGGCUGACAGGGAUGUGUAUGCAGAGCUGCAUGUGAGUGAGCUACUGCGGCAGGUCCUGAGCGGGGUGGACUACCUGCACAGCCGCCACAUCGUCCACCUGGACCUGCGGUCUGACAACGUGCUGGUGACCGACCGCAGCCUGGUGAAGAUUGUGGACCUGGGCUCCGCACAGCCUUUCACUCCGGGACAGACGCUCAACAUCGAACACAUCAAAGAGACGACAGAGAGUAAAGUCUACAUUGUCCUUCCUAAAGCUCCUGAGAUUUUGGAGGGGCAAGGUGUUGGACCUGCCACAGAUAUCUGGGCUCUUGGUGUUCUGGCUUUUAUCAUGCUGAGUGCAGACAGCCCGUUCCAUGCGGAGCUGAACUGGGAGAGGGAUCGGAAUAUCAGGAAAGGAAAGAUCCAGUUUGGACGCUGCUAUCCGGGACUUUCUGAAGGAGCCAUUAACUUCCUGAAGACCACUCUGAACAAUAAGGCCUGGGGAAGGCCGUCUGCUGCCGAGUGUCUGCAGGACAGCUGGAUACGAGGAGACUGCAGCCAUGCCAAGCGCACAGACUCGGUGGUGUGCUUCUCCACAGACAAACUGCAGGCUUUUCUGAGGCAGCGUGAGGUCAAACGAGACCACGUCCGCACCAAAGCUGCUCUACCACUGUCCUAACACACCUGGAGAACCAAAGGGAGGAGUUGGAGUUCUUAAGCAGGAGUUACUGUGAACACACAAACUAGCAGAAGAUAAAGGUUCUGCAUGAUGAGAGAAACACCAGGUACAGUGGGAUCCAGAGGUUUGAGAGCACUAGUGGAAAUGCUUCUAUUUAGACAGACACCACAGAUGGACAUCAGACACUUUAUUGAUAUAGAAGGAAAUCUAGCAGCCAGUAUCGGUCACACAACACAGGACAGAUAAUAAGAAGGCUGAUACAAUAUAAAGGUUAUAUACAAGUAAAUACCUACAAACAUGUAUACAUCUAAAAAUAUGCAAUAGAUCACAGGCAGUGCGAUAAUGACUGAACAAAGAGGCGUAGGUAAUGUCAAUACUGAAUUAAUAUGUGCAUAUAUUUGUACUAAAAUAGUGUCCAGGUGUGGAGUAUCCAGAUGUGAAAAAUGUGCGAUAAGGUGUGAAUAAGUGCAAUAUGUACA